CCUAGUCGAUGCAAGAAGCAUUGUGGUGGAGGGAGGAUGAUGGAAGUCUAGAAACAUGGAAUCGCACAUCUCUUGAAACUGGAACUCGUUGCUGCUGGAUUUUUUUUUUUUUUUUCGGUGAUUCGGGGGGAAAUUACAAACUUCGAGGUUUCAAUGAUGUUAUUCUCAGAUUGGACUAUCUCAGCCGUCAAUUUUGCGCUCCUGUUGGGAAUAACGUGUCUGACCGUCAUCUGCGAUCUCACCAAGGGCUCUCCGGACUUUUCAGGCUACCUAUCCAAAGUGUUGAGGAACUACACUGAACAGGCCUGUGACGGAGAGUUCCUGUCUGUUCGUUGUCCCCCCCGUACCACCAUAACUGUCCAAUCAGCUUUCUAUGGUAGAAAAAGGCCCUCUGAUCCUCAACAGUGUCCUCAAACAUACCAGGCACUCCUGAGCUCCUACCAUUCCCAGGAGGAUGAUCGAUAUUGUUCUAUGUCCACUGCACUGCAGAAAAUGUUGGACGAGUGCCAAGACAGAAGGAGCUGUCAAGUCCUUGUCAACAGCCGUGUGUUUGGGACGGACCAGUGUCCUGGCAGCAGUAAAUACCUCAUUGUCUGGUACAAAUGCAGACCUAAUGAGUAUAAAAGUAAGGUUGUCUGUGAGGAGGAGCAGAUGAGGCUCAACUGCAAACAGGGCAUGCAGAUUUCUGUUUACUCCGCCAUGUUUGGUCGAACUCAACAAGGCACACUGGAGUGCCCCCCUCACUACAGGAGGCCCCCAUCAGUAGAUUGCCAGGCAGCGAAGGCCCUCCAGGUUCUUACAGCCCGCUGCCAGGGAAAGAAGAGCUGUCGGGUCCAAGCCUCCACCAGAGAAUUUGGAGAUCCAUGCUACGCCGGCACCAAGAAGUACCUCAGUGUCAUCUAUACAUGUGUGCCAAAGAGACUGCUCCAGGAGCCAGGCCGCAGACCACCGGUGUACCACCCACCCUCUGCCACCCGUGACCCCAAUGUAGUGGGAGACGGGCCUUCUGGGGGAAGUUCAGGACAAAACACUGUUCCAACUCGGAGCCCCGACAAGAAGAAACCAUCUGACACCAGAAGAGGCAGCGGAAACAGUCCAUCACAGCCAUCAGGCAUGAAUCCUGUGAUCAACUCCACCUCCAGAGCCAACAUGGCCCUCAUCAGCAAUGCACUGGCAGCAUACACCUACAUAUCAGAUCAUCCCGAAAGGGCCGCACUAUUCUUCGUUUGCGGUGUGUGUGUGGGCCUCUUCCUCACCCUCUUUGCCCUGGUGGUCCAGAUCUCCUGUCGCACAGACUGCCAGUCUCGGAAGCGGCCAGCCGUCAAGAAACCGCCCCGUCCGGCCCAUUCGUCCUCGGACUCCAGCGACUCAGACUCGGACUGGGACACCACGUCGGACCUGUCGGCGCGGAGGCACAGGCGCUUCGAGCGCACGCUCAACAUGAACGUUUUCACCUCAGCAGAGGAGCUGGAGCGAGCCCAGCGGCUUGAGGAAAGGGAGCGAAUCAUACGGGAGAUCUGGAUGAACGGGCAGCCCGACAUUCCAGGGACACGGAGCCUCAAUCGGUAUUACUGAGUACCGCCUUCAGUCGUUCUUAUUGAAGACUUUCUUGAACUAAAUCCAGGAUGCACUUGGUCAUGAGGGUAGGAACCAGAGAAGGCCGGCAUGGAGCUUUGGAAGCAAGCAUGCAAUUGCAGCUGUAGACUCUGAACACCAGAGGGGAAGUUUUUCAGGCUUGUAGGGUGGUCUGCGUGUUCCACUGGGUAUCAUAAGGCGCAGCCCCCUCGGUCAAACAAUAAGCUUGGGCUCUGCACAGCAAGCUUACCUCAUGGUUCACCCUUACUGCCGGAAUUGAGUGGUGAAGGGCAACACUGACUCUCCGUUGACUUCAGUAGGCCUUUUUGAAGUGGGGAUUUAUGGGUUGGUUGCCUUGGACAUCCACAGGCCUGCAGAGACUACAUGGAGACUGAAGGACCACGGCCUCACAGGGGUCUAUUAUACACGGAACACUUGGCAGCUGGAUGAGACUGUGAAACUUUGAGCUUUCUGCUCUCUACUUUCCAGUAUUCAAUAUGAACUUCAACAAAGAAAAAAAAAAGUGCUUUUGACAAUGAGAUGAAUUAAGACAAUCUUUCCACGGUGAACCAUGCUGCCUUUGAGCUUCAUAAAACCAAAAGAUGUUGUAUGUGUGCGUGUUUGUGUGAGUGCGAGGGAUUCAUCUCAAUCCUUAUGAAACAUAUUUUAUAAUAUUUAAUAGAUAUUGACCUUUUGCUCUCAAGUAUGGUUUAUUUUUAAAUAUUUUUAUACAUGGCAAAAGUUGUCUGGCACCUCAGGGAUGCAAUCCUAGUGUUUCUGUGUUUGGCUGAUGCGCUUUCUUCCUAAAAAGGGGGUCAUUAGCAGACCAAAUAAAUUCUUUUUUUUAAGGCAUUGAAAGAUAAUAGCUAGAAAUAUGAUGCAAAGAGCCUCCAAGAGGUUUUUAAUGAUUUAUAACCUUAUUUUUGAUACAAUAAUUCACAGAUCAGUGCCUUUUUCUAGCUAUGAAAGACAGUUGGUAGAAUUUAACAAAUGUUUUAAACAGGUGAGCUAAUUAAUGCGAAAUACUUCAUUUGCAUGCCACUAUUACAGUACAGUUGCAACAGAAAGGUGAAGCUUGUGUCACAUCUGAAUGUUUUUAUUUAAUAUUGCACUUGCUAUGUACUCUGACAGAUAUGAAAAUUACAAGAAUAUACCAGUUUCGUACCAGUGGUUUUGCUUGAACGUUUUUUGUUAUUUUUUCUUGUUUUGGUCUUUGCUCCUUUAAGAUUGUGUGGAGUGCUGGGCUACUGCCAAUCAGGACCUUAUUGUAAAACUAGUGGUCUUGAGCAGAUGUUUGUGGCUAUCUGAAGAAGGAACCAGCUCUGCACAAUAAACAAGUAGGCUACACAUGUAUAAGUAAAUUAGAAUCCAUUGAAAAGUUCAUUUGUACAAGUCAAUCCGUUCAAAAAUGAAAUUCAAUCAGAGUGGCUUAUUUCAACUUUGAUUAAUAUG